AUGGUCAAUGAAAAGGAUGUGCCAGAGAAUUUGGAGUGGAAUAUCAAUGUUCGUGAUGGGACAAAACAAGUGGUAGCAGUUCCAGAACUGAGGCUAGUUGAUAAGGCAUGGCUGCAAUUGAAGUCUGUAGUUGGAGGUUUGAUAUUGAAGGUUUGGAGGUUUUUAGUGAAAGCAUGGAAUUUAGGAGUUGCUGAACCCAAAAAGAUUAUUCAUGCUAUGAAAGUUGGGUUGGCUCUUACAAUUGUGUCACUUUGUUACUAUCUGAGGUCUAUGUAUGAAGGUGUUGGAGGGAAUGCUAUGUGGGCAGUAAUGACAGUUGUAGUAGUUUUUGAAUCUUCUGUAGGUGCAACACUCUAUAAAAGCAUAAAUAGGGUAGCAGCAACUUCUCUUGCUGGCUCACUUGGUUUAGGUGUGCAUUGGAUUUCUUACAAGUCAGGAGAAAAAUUUGAGCCCAUAAUUAUUGGAAUCUCAGUUUUCUUCUUAGCUUCAGCAGCAACCUUCUCUCGAUUUAUUUCAUCUGUCAAAUCCCGAUUUGAUUAUGGUGCUGUCAUAUUCAUCCUCACCUUCACCUUAGUUUCAGUUUCUGGGUACCGUGUGAACGAAAUAUCUGAGUUGGCCUUCCAAAGACUACUUACCAUUUUCAUUGGGACCUCUUUCUGCAUUCUGAUUAGCAUAUUUUUCUAUCCCACCUGGGCUGGUGCUGAGCUUCACCGUUUGAUCUAUCAGAACCUUGAGAAGCUGGCUGAUUCCUUGGAUGGAUAUGUCAUCAGGUACUUCGAUGACAAUGGAAAUGUGGCUGAAGACUCCAACCACAAUAAAGCAAUCAAAGGGUACAAGUAUGUGCUUGAUUCAAAGGCAACAGAAGACAAUUUGGUCAUCAUUGUUGCUUCAACUUUUCAGGCUAAUUUUGCAAGAUGGGAGCCUGCACACGGUGGUUUCAACUUCUAUCAUCCAUGGAAACAAUACCUAAAGAUUGGUGCAUCACUUCGUAGUUCUGCAUAUUGCAUUGAGGCUCUUAGAGGUUGCAUGGAUUCAGAAAGUCAGGCACCAGGAAUUUGGUACCUAAAGAAGCAUGUAAGCAAUGCCUGCAAGACAAUCAACAAAUCCUCUUCAGAUAUCUUAAGAGAACUGGCAAUAACAGUAAAAACCAUGACAAAGUCAUCCAAGAUGGGUUUGUUGGUUCAGGAAAUGAACACCGCUGUGCAGAAACUUCAAAUUUCUUUGAAAUCUAUACCUAGCUGCCUCAUUGCUCCAACAUCAGAAGAAACUGCUGAUGAGGCGCCCUUCAGAAAAACCUGCAUAACACCACUAGUGGAGGUCAUACCACUGACCACUUUUGUGUCUCUGUUAAUAGAAAAUGCAGCAAGAAUCAAUGGGAUUGUUGAUGCAGUCAAUGAGCUAGCAGUCAUGGUUGAUAUGAAGCAUGGGAGUUCCAAGAAAACCAACACAGUAAUAACUCUUCCUCAGAUACCAAAACCAUAA